AUCGUUUUAUAUUCAAAGCUUUCAUGAAAACACGUUCCAACGUAGUUAGGAAAUAAAGUUUUAUUUUGUUUACUGGCUUUUAAACAAUUUAAUAUACUCUCCUUGAAGGUGUACACAUCGUUUUACCAGGUUCGGUUGUAUUUAGUUGGUCAACUCUUUGCAUAGCAGCUUAUUUGAAGCAGCACUUUUAUACAAGUUGCUUUUAACCGUUUUCAGUUAAGGUGGAAAUUAAAAACGGUAAUAUCAAUAGGAACCUGUAUUAUAUAGCUAAAACAGUAACAAACUCAUAUAGUAGGGUGGGGUAAAAAAGGACAUGUUUUCAUUCUCUUGCCCCGUAUCAUUUGAUAGUAAACAAAAGGCUUUCAAGAACAGUUACAGAAUUGAACAAGCAGCUCAACUUGUUAAGUGAUAAAAACAUAUAUGAGCCUACACUGAAAACAUACUUUGUAGUUUACAACAACUGUUAUGCAUAAGAAGAUGGAUCAAACUCAAUAUGGAAGGUUUUGCAACAAACGAUCCGUUAUUUAUGUAUCUGGAAUGAUGGGAAGUAGCAGUGUUGGAAGCAGUUGCACUUUGUCUUCUUUCGAACUAUUUGCCGCAACAGAAGUUCGAGCUUUGAAAUGUUGGCUUAAAUUGGAUGGAGAUGAUAAAUUUGUAAUUGUGAUAAACAGAUCUGGUUUCUGCGAUUGGAACUUCGCUGGGUUCGAACCCAAGCAAAGUAUGAUAAAGGAAAUCAACGAGAAAGUUCAGAAAGCAAUUUCUGCAUGCAACUGCAACGCCAUUCAUGCAAUUGUUGUGGGUCACAGUCACGGCGCAAAAUGCGUUGAAAUUGCUUUCCAAACUUGUGGAAUAGAUGGAAAUGGACAAGAGGAAAGACGACAGAAGAUUAGGAUGCAAUCAGCCAUUAUAACCUUGGGGGCAACGCGUUUUGUUAAGAACUCCGCGGCAAAGCUAUUCGUUAUGACAACAUCAACGUAUAGUAUAUAAAUUAGGCUAAGUGCUCGUAUAACGAAAUGAUGAUACGGACUCUUGGCUUGAUGCUAACAUAGGAGGGAGUGGUAAACGAAAUAUAGGCUACCGUUGUAAAAUUGUAAUUGUUAAACCGCUAUGCGAGGCUACAUUUGUUUCUUUCAAUAAAUUGUAACGAAGUAUUUUUAGAUUGUCUUAAACUGCCACUAUAAGAACGACAAAGUGGUGAACAGAACAAGAGCACGAGAGUGGGUAAACGGGCCAGACUAUACUGUGAAGGAGCUCGGGGUUUUCACAAGGCAAACACCACAAAUUUGCCACUGUACUUGCUGCCCUCCAUGCGUGGUAGAGAGUGAGAAAGAAUAUGCCGAGUCAUCUGAAUCCAAUGAUGCAGCGGAAGAAGAAUCCCAGCCUAAAAAAGUAAUUGCUGCUCACUGUGCAGUUGAAUACGUGCAGUGCAAGACGUUAAAGGGAAUACUUGAAGGAUAUUUAAAUGGAUGAAAAGGCUCUUAAUGUUAUAUACGGUUUUCGCUCUUUGUUCAUUUAUUUUUUAAUGUAGUUUUGAUUACUUCGCAGUCGGCGCAACGGUCAGGCAUGAACAAAAAGUUCGUUACAAACAAUUAAACAGCAGUCGCCAUGCACUAUGUAACACGCGUGUAUGUAUUUGGCGUUUAAAUUCACGCCACGAAAUGUGCGAGACAUUGUUUUUGUGUAAAUGUGACUUUUAAAUUAUAGGUCGCUAUAUCGCUUAUUGUAGAGUGGGGGAAGAUGGGACACCUUUAGCAUUUUCCAAAUAUCCUAAUCACGUUUCAAACAAUUAACAGCGGUCUACGGGAGUUGGGAGGAUACGGCAUUAUAAUUCUUUGAAUGUUCUUUGUUUACAAAAAUGGGACGAGAAAAUAGAAUGAAAAGGUGUCCCAUCUUACCCCAGCCUACUAUACCCCUCUCCAUACAUCGUUGAUUUCGCUAUGUGUUUUCAACUAUUUGAAACUGUUCAACCGAUUAGUUGUAUUCAAAUAAUGUCUACACCAUCAGUGUUUCACGAUUCAAAGACCUUAACAUAAAUAUAGUUUAGCAAGAUUUCGUCACAUACUUACACUGCUACAGAAUACAAUUUUGGGAAAAAUUACAACUAUAAAAUUUGAAUAAAACGUAAUAAACAUUAGGAAACACUGAAAAGAGAAUGGGGAAAAUCCGACUGGUGCAAUGUUUUUAAAUAGAAGGGGGGACGGGGAAGCUUUGUUUGGUAUUGUGUUACUUGAAUGUGAACCUUAUUGGAGUGUUAACUUUGUUGUGUCCUAUUGUCCUGUCGCGUUAUUUCAUUUUAUAGUGCAAUACAAAUGUUACGUCACUAUAAUAAUGAAAGGCAAGGUUGAAAAUACCUUUGGAAGAAAAACAGAGCAGAGUCGAGCCGUAUAUGGUUUCCUAUCUGUGUUUACCUUGACGACGUCAACUUAUUCAAAAAGAAUCUAGUUUAGAACAUAUACGUCAUACGUCUAGGGCCUAUAAGUAUAGGGGAAGAACCAGAUUACGUACCGAAAAAAAGUCGUGGGGGGUUGCAACAAAACUGUUAUAAAAAGACCCCGACGAACUCGAUGCCAAAACAGUAAAGAAAAUUAAAGAUGGCAGAUGCUGUGAAUUACAAACAUGAAUUAUGCUGCGCACGAAAGAUAAUUUAUGUCUCGGGACAAAAGAGUUCCAGCGUAUUUGGUGGUUGGGUUCCUCUGGAUGAUGUCUGUAAAAAGCUUGCCAAGUGGUUUAAAGUGUCAAGAUCCUGCUUUAAACGCAUUGAAAAUGACAGCGUGUACUUCGAAAUCAAUAGAAAGAUAGAAGCAUUACCGGUUUCUCCCACAGUCGUUUCUAACAUUCAAGCCGAAGUAAAAAAAUCAGUCGCAAGUUGUGAAUGCAAAAACCUGAACACGAUCGUAUUAGCCCACAGCCAUGGAGCAAAAUGCGUCAGUCAUGCUUUCCGGUCGUUUAAUCUUAACCCUGGUGAUCUUACUAACAUAUAUAACAAGACUGCUAUUUUGACUUUUGGUGCCACUCAAAUGGUGCAGUCUUCAGCUUCCACGGUGACCCGGAACUUCUAUUUUAGGAACGACUCCGUCGUUUCUUUUUGUAGACAAUUGUUAUGGACAUCGCACGAUAACUGCAAUGUCGUUCCGCUUGGACCUUUUAAAAGGGAAAGCAGAACUGUUUUCAAGUGUUCUUGCUGCCAGAAUACUGCGCCUGAAAGUGACGUUUGUCCCGCCGGCGUCGUCGCGACUUUAGUCAACCGUUUUCAGAGCUGUAGCACAGGUGAAGAUGCCCAACCCCAGCGGCCACAAAGUCGCCUGGUGGGUCUAGGCAGUGGAGCUGUGGUCGCACAUUUUAUAGAAGACUACAUCGAAUGCAAAACGAUGAAACGCCAUGUAAAGGAACUGCUGUUGGUUCCGCGUUGAAUGCACAUUUGCUACUUGUAUUUACCGAGUGAUGGUCCGUAUACCUGAUGCACGCCUUACGUCACACGGUUGUUGUCGCUUUGUCUUUAUUUACGAAUCAUACUUUUUAAUAGCAUACUAUAAAAUAUAAGUGGUUUUAAUAUUUAGAAUAAAAAGUGUAAACUG